CGCCGCCGCCAGCAGCGCCGCGGCCCGGCCGAGACGGCAGCGGCGGACAGUGAGGCGGACACGGACCCCGAGGAGGAACGUAUCGAGGCGGGGCCGGCGCGCUGCUCCCUGCUGGAGCUCCCGCCUGAGCUGUUGGUGGAGAUCUUCGCCUCGCUGCCCGGCACCGACCUGCCCAGCCUGGCGCAGGUCUGCAGCAGGUUCCGCCGCAUCCUGCACACCGACACUAUCUGGAGACGGCGCUGCCGCGAGGAGUAUGGCGUUUGUGAGAACCUGCGGAAGCUGGAGAUCACAGGCGUGUCUUGCCGGGACGUCUAUGCAAAGCGUAUAAACCCUCGCGUGAAGUCAGGACGCUUCAUGAAAAUUCUCCCCGAUUAUGAGCACAUGGAAUACAGAGAUGUGUACACCUGCCUGCUUCACCGAUACAGACACAUUUUGGGGCUGUGGCAGCCAGACAUCGGGCCAUAUGGAGGACUGCUGAACGUGGUGGUGGAUGGUCUGUUCAUCAUUGGCUGGAUGUACCUACCUCCUCAUGACCCCCACGUUGGCGACCCCAUGCGAUUCAAGCCUCUGUUUAGAAUCCACCUGAUGGAGAGGAAGUCAGCCACGGUGGAGUGUAUGUACGGCCACAAAGGGCCCCACAACGGCCACAUCCAGAUUGUGAAGAAAGAUGAGUUCUCCACCAAGUGCAACCAGACAGACCACCACAGGAUGUCCGGUGGGAGGCAGGAGGAAUUUCGGACCUGGCUGAGGGAGGAGUGGGGCCGCACGCUGGAAGACAUCUUCCACGAGCACAUGCAGGAGCUGAUUCUGAUGAAGUUCAUCUACACCAGUCAGUACGACAACUGCCUGACAUACCGCCGGAUCUACCUCCCGCCCAGCCACCCCGACGACCUCAUCAAACCAGGCCUCUUUAAGGGCACCUAUGGCAGCCAUGGCCUGGAAAUUGUGAUGCUCAGCUUCCAUGGCUCACGUGCCAGGGGCACCAAGAUCACGGGUGACCCCAACAUCCCUGCGGGGCAGCAGACUGUAGAGAUCGACCUGCAUCGCCGCAUCCAGCUGCCCGACGUGGAGAACCUCCGCAACUUCAACGAGCUCUCCAGGAUCGUCCUGGAGGUCCGAGAGCAAGUGCGGCAGGAGCAGCAGGAGGCUGGCGAGGACCCUGCUCCGCCCCGGGAGCCUUUGGCCAAGGGCCCUGACGGGCCACCUGCCGAGGGCAGCAGAGAGCCUGGCAGUGGAGCUGAGGCAGCCGGGCAGUCGGCCUCAUCUGGGCAGGGGCAGCCGUUUGUGUUGCCUGUGGGUGUCAGCUCAAGGAAUGAGGACUAUCCCCGCACUUGCCGGCUCUGUUUCUACGGCACAGGCCUCAUCGCUGGCCAUGGCUUUACCAGUCCCGAGCGCACUCCCGGCGUCUUCGUCCUGUUCGAUGAGGACCGCUUUGGGUUCCUCUGGCUGGAACUGAAGUCCUUCAGCUUGUACAGCCGAGUCCAGGCCACCUUCCAGAAUGCCGAUGCCCCGUCGCCGCAGGCCUUUGACGAGAUGCUCAGGAACAUCCAGUCCCUCACCUCCUGACCUCCGCGUGGGUGGAGAGACUGCACUGGGAGCCGGGGUGGGGGAAGCAUGCACUUUGGAAAUGAACGCACACCUUCUCACUAGGGUCCUGGUUGCCCCGAGGCACUUCUUGUAUAGGGUGUAACAUACUCUUGUAUAUUUGAUUUGUCAGUAGCUAUGAAGGAGAACUUUAAGCAUGGUGGGGGAACAGAACAGUUGAGCCAGGGUGAAUCUGACUGGCUGGUGGCUGUGGCGCAGAGAAGCAGGCGGAAAGCGAAUCUGUCUUCAGGGAGGGUGACACAGCCACCGUGGAUCACGGAUCUGCUGCACCUGUUCCCCUGGAUGAGCUAAACAGUCACAGCUGGGCAGUGGCACAGUGGAAUUGGUGGGGUACGAGGCACAGAGACCCCAGAUGGCUUCCAUUUCCUCACUUGCUUAGACGCGGGCAUCCUACCAUGACCUGUUUUCCUGUCCUGACUGUAGGAGCCACCAGGGAGUGUCACUGCAGUCUCCAUUCUGGCCCCCUGGUGUCCUCCGUGUCACACCUGCUCCAGCGUGAGAGCCAAGCUGUCAGGGCAGCUACUAGCUUGCCCCCAGAAAUCACACACACUCCUGGUCUUCCACAUGAACGAUCGAGAGCUGGCCCAGCCUGUUUGUCUGUAGGGCCUGCCCUGGCUGGACGCCACAGCCCCAUUGCUUUGGUCGUGUGUCUGUGCAGGUGCCUCUCACAGUGUUGACGGUGUCAGUAGAAAUGCCCGUGAACCCUUCCUAGGUGAGAGAGGGCAGCUCUCAAGACAGUCACACUUCCGUGUGGCAGUAUAUUCAGGAGUGUUGCUAAUUGAGGACUCAUCUGCUCAGAGGUCAGUGCUGGGCUGUACUCAUGUCUGUUUUGGGAACCCUUUUUGAGGUCAACAUUUGUGUCUCCCAAAGGGCAGAGACCCUUGGGAGCUCCUGCCAGCACUUCCAAGGUUUAGUAGUCUUCUAGGCUGCCUCUUCCCCCUUGGUCCUUGUCCCUGGGGGCUGCUGCAGGUCCUUGUACUGGGUGUUCAGAACUUGUCCUACUGAAGGUGGCAGCCACAGAGGAUGGCCGUAUCCUCUCUCACAGUGGCAGGCCCUUCCUGCCAGAAGGGUCUGCAGACUUGGAAGGCAGUGUGGCACAGGAGCCUGGUGAACUGGUUUUUUAUGCUGGCUUUCUGUCGGGUGCUGUAACAGCCUGCAGUGAGCCACCAGGGCUGGGUCCUGACAUCCAGCAUCUUUUGCAGGGUUGAGCCCCAGCCUUUUGUUCCUUUCUUGGUUAGCCAUGAACAUUUCUAUUGUGCCAAAUGGGGCAGGCUCUGGACAGUGGGGGCUGUGACUAAGAAGCCGCAGGGACAGUCCAGACCAGACAGCUGGACAUGCAGGUGGCCGCUCUUGUGGUUUCACCGUGUUUGGAGAAAACCAAGGAUACAUUUUUACCCAGGCCCCGAGGCUUGCUGUGGGAUGCUGUGGUUCAGAGUUUUAAAUCUCCUUAGGCACUUCCAGUUAAGAAGGGGUAACCACACAUAUUAACCAACCACAUAUUAGCUUUCCUAAACACAUGCCCUGUUUGCUGCAGGUGAGGGUUGAUAAAGCUGACAUCACUGUUGAGUACAGAUGAAACUGUGUUGCCUGGUGUGGGGAAUAGCCAGGCCCAGGCACUCUGCAGGCAGCAGGUAGACGCCUAUGUCCCUGGGCCUCCCCAUGCGAGCACGCUGGUGGCCUUGUCAUUUUGCGGCUCAUGGUGCAUAGUCCGCGGAAGUUGGAGAGAAGGCCUCUCGUGGGUUUGCACACUUGGCCUGCUCCACUGUGUGUGGUUGGGGUCAGGUGCAAGCCUCAGGAAGCUUUUCUGGGAGGGAACGUCCUUUUGCGUGAGGAUGUUGCUGAUGUCUGUUUAGGCCCCGAUGUGUUCAGGCCCUGAUGCAGUCAGGACAUUGGCCACCGUUUCUGAGACUUCCAGCAUCUACAUGCAGUCUGUCCUUGGGAGCCCAGCACUGGGAGUCCUGAAUCACCUUGUGUCCCUCUGGCAUCAGCUGCCUGACUGACUGUGGCAUGUCUUCAGACCCUGGGCCGCUCUGCUCUGGACUGUCAGCUCUGUGGCAUCCCUGUACCUCCUCUUGGACCUCCUGUCCCUGCAUGUCUACCAAUAGCGGGCGCUUGGCAGUGGCUUCUGGCCAGAUGCUGCGCCAGCCAGUCCUUCCUCACAGUGUGCAGUGAACUCAGAUGCACUUGCUUGUUAGACGUUCCUUUGCCGAGACGUUGGAGCUGAGCACUUGGAUAGCCAGAGCUCAUCACCAACCGCUGCUGUCUAUCCCAGCCCUCCAGCGACUCUCUCUGGUCGCCAGGCUUGCUGGGACAAUACACCGCCCAUCAUAUGUUCACUUUUUGGUACUUGUGGGCACUAGUGGAAAGGAACCAUCCUCCUCAGCUGUCAGGAUUUGGUGAACCCCAGGACACCCUUGUUCCUUGUUCCCAACCUUGUUUGGGGCUCUUUUCCUCAAGACAGUAUGCACGGACGCCAUCCGGCACCUGACCUGUAAUGUGACGCCGGGCAGAGCAUCUGGGUGUGCCCAGCCCCUUCUGCUCCCCACCUUUGUGUCCUGAUUGGGAAGAGUGUCAGCCUCCUCAGAUCAUCAUCCAUUUGCUGUUAUGUACCCAGUCUGUGGUUCUGGGGAGAAGCUGUGAACAGGGGGUAUGGUUUAGAACUUGUGAAUGCGGCACUGGCAGUCACAGCCCCUUGGCCCAUAUGACCAACCUUCAAAGAGGAGUGUAGUGGUGGGUAGGGACACCGAAGGCACCUGAAGGACAGCUUUCUGUGGCUGGGUCCUUUGUGUUUGCAUGGAGACCAACAAAAUUCGCCAGAAUGUGCUUUCUCAGCCUGGUGACUUGUGCUCACAAGCCUGUUUGGAAAAUGUGGUUUGUCUCGAGUGCAUCCAAGUUCUGGAUAGAGGGCAGCUCUUAAAAGUCCUCUCAGGUCAGCUCAGCUUUGCCUAAGGGUCAAAGAAGGACCCUGAAAAAGUAGCUGCUGUGUUCCUGGUGUCUGACGUCACCUGUGACACUAUCACCUGGGAUGUGUGGUUUUCUCCUUUCAGUUUUCAGUAAACCUGUUUUUGAAGCCUU